UCUAUGGUCUCGGCAGUAAAUUGUAAAGUCAAGGCAAGAUACGAGAAAUUUUAUAAUAAAACUAUUGCAUAUUGCUUUGUAAUACCUUGGAAUAACGAGUCCUGCGACUUACUGCAAAACAAAUAUUUUUCAUCUCAAAAAAAUCAAGUUACAUACAAACUACCAACAAUUCCAACAUAUUUAGAGUGCAGUGUACACUGCGCCUCUAAUGAUAAAGCAAGUAUUAAUCCAAAUAUAGAAAGAAUAUCGUUGAAUUAAUUGUUACCACAAACAUAAAAAAAAGAUGAUCGAUAAAUACUACUUAUAAGUGAUACGUGAGUGUUACGCAUUCUCAAUUUCUUUGGUACGUCAUUUUUGUGAUUAUCCUUUAUGUAGGUAAGACAAGAAAACUGUCUUGCUAAAACUCGUAGCUAUUGAAACACAAGGAAAGUUUUAUUGAAAUCAAACACAUAUGAAUAGCUACUUACGUUCUCCGCAUAUCAAAUACAAUAGUGGAAUAGACAGAGUGAAAAUGAAAGAGUACCCUGAAGACUCAGUUAAAGGCAGUGCAGCACCAUUUAGCAACAUGUUGAACAGUUACUACAUGGAUCCUACCGACCCCUGCUAUGAAAUUUGUCAAAGGGUGAUUAGAGACAUGACUCAGUAUGGUGUUUGUGUUUUAAAUAACUUUCUGGGCCGAGAACGGGGACUUUUAGUGCUUAAUGAAGUUCUGCAAAUGUACAGAUCUGGGAUUUUCAAAGCUGGGCAACUUGUAUCGAACCCAGGUUGUACAGAUGCUCAGACCAUACGGAGUGACAGAAUAACUUGGAUAGAUGGGAAAGAACCACACUGCUAUCAUAUUGGACAGUUGAUAAGUCAGGUGGACAACAUAAUAUUAAAAGCAAACAAAAUGGCAAACAAUGGGAAAAUGGGCGACUAUAACAUUGAUGGCAGAACAAAGGCCAUGGUGGCGUGUUACCCGGGCUCCGGCAGCCACUACGUGAAGCACGUGGACAACCCCAACAAAGAUGGCCGCUGCAUCACCGCCAUCUACUACCUCAACCUCGACUGGGACGUCAGAAAAUACGGUGGCUUGCUCAGAGUGUUCCCAGAGGGACUGAACCAAGUGGCAGACAUCGAACCGAUAUUCGACAGGAUACUGUUCUUCUGGUCCGACCGACGGAACCCUCACGAGGUGCAGCCGGCGUAUGCGACGAGGUACGCCAUAACGCUAUGGUAUUUUGACUCACACGAGAAGGCAGCAGCACGUAAAAAGUUAAAAGAGCGUGGUGAGGCGUCGUCGAGUAAGUGAUGUUGGGAGCGGCCGGGCGAGCGGAUUGCCUGCCCGUAGCGAUUCAUCGAUUCAUCCUACG